AUUUUCAUUUUAGGGACGUAUAUUAACGAUCCAGUUCAUUGGAUAUGCGAUUGGAAUCAAGUCCACAAGGGGGCAGCAAUGACACGAUCGAGAGUUUUGGCGGCGUGUGUUAUGAAAUUUUUUUCAGAGGACUCAAACAAAUGAGCCACAUUCACGUGUUCCUCUUCUGGCAGUUGUUCCCUGCUUCGUCUCUGUCUUAAACACAGCAGUCCUUUGUUGGUCUAUCUAUCUUUCCGCUUAACCACAUUCCUUAUAUUUGUUUCUGUGUGCGUGCGCGCGCCUGUGACGUUGCCGCCUCCUGACGCACAGGUGCAGGCCCGUGCUCCACGACAAGAGCGUCACUAAUGGACGAGAAUUGAGCCGCCUGACGGGGACACCUACUGGGUCACGAACGCAGAGAAAUGCGAUGAAUAGGUGAGGUGUGGCGUUUGUAGGUGUGUGAGUGAGUGUGUGACAAAGGGAGACAGAAGAGAGAGAGACACAGGGAGGCAGAAGAGAGAGAGAGAGAAGUAUCUGCGCGGCUGGACGGAACACUCCACAGAUAAACAAUAGGACGGAGCAGAGGAUUGAUCCGCGCUCGUCACCUUUUCCUGCUUGACACCGGGACUUCGUGUCAAAACUUCCACACGCUCGUCUCUGUCUCUCCCCGUCUUCUGGCUCAGUCAAAGUUAAACUUUGGAGCCCCCCACCUCCCCGACUCCUGCUCACCACCCCUCUGUCCCCCACUUCUUUUCCGGGGCAACAUCCUAGAAGAAACAGUUUGGGAACUCUUUUGAACACAUGACGGAUCGGUGUUGCGCAGGAUUUUGUUUCUUUUUGACAUCGGCGGCACCUGAAGCCAGCCCACAAGCUUGUCAGCAGUUUGGAAUCGCCGGUGAAAACCUGUAAGGACCUGGAAGUCAAAAAGAAAAAGAAGGCCUUUAUAAGAGAUCACCAGAAAGAGUCAAGAUGGGGAGAAAAAAGAUUCAAAUAGCACGGAUAAUGGAUGAGCGAAACCGACAUGUCACAUUUACCAAGCGCAAGUUUGGUCUGAUGAAGAAAGCCUAUGAACUGAGUGUUUUGUGCGACUGUGAGAUUGCCCUCAUCAUCUUUAACAGCACCAACAAGUUGUUCCAGUAUGCCAGCACUGACAUGGACAAAGUUCUGCUCAAGUACACCGAGUACAACGAACCCCACGAGAGCAGGACCAACUCUGACAUAGUGGACACACUGCGUAAGAAGGGAUUAAAUGGCUGCGACAGCCCCAACAUCGAAGCAGAUGACUCUGCUGGCCAGAGCCCAGAGUCGGAUGACAAGUACCGCAAGAUCAACGAAGACAUCGACCUGAUGAUCAACAGACAGAGAAUCUGUGGUCUGCCUCCUUCAACCUAUGACAUGGAAGUGAUCAUUCCUGGGAGCAAUGCCAGUGGUCUGCUCUACUCCCACACAGGCAUAGGGGGCGCUCUCGGUAAUCAUAAUCUGCUGCCCAUCUCGCACACACACCCGUCUCUGCAGAGAAGCAACAUGUCCCCUCAGCGGCCGUCGAGCACUGGACUGAUGGGUUCAGAGCUGCCAAGCACUGUUGUAAAUGGCAGCUACAGUAACCACUGCACCUCCCCAGGCCUGCUGUCUCCAGCAUGCAUCUCCAAGAACAUGCAGGAGAAGAGUCCGCCUCCUCCACCUCCUCCCCCAAUGAGCAUGAGCCGCAAGCCUGACCUCAGAAACCUGAUGCCACAGUCUAAUAAGUGCAAUAACAUGCCCUCUGUUAACCAGAGAAUAAAUCACUCUCAAACUGCUCAGUCACUAUCGACUCCUACGGUCUCCAUUGCUGCCCAGACACUUUCUGGACAGGGGAUGGGUGGGUAUCCAUCCACACUCACCUCCUCUUAUGGCUCAGAGUUUUCCUUGGGAACAGACCUGUCGUCCUUGUCAACCUUUGGAGGAUCUGGACUCGGAUCUGUUUCAAGUUGGCAACACCAACAGAUGCAGAAUCUGCAGCACCCAGCACUUGGUCAUAUUGGGUGAGCAGCUGUCUACAAACUCAUAUAGUUUUAAAUGUUUUUUAAGUUGAUUGUGAGUGUUACUCACAAUUGUGUUACAAUUGCACACUAUAACAUUGUAAAGAUUGUCAGAAUGUGUCCAGGUCACAGCAGUUCCUUAAUGCCUGCAGGAAAUAAGGGAAAAAUGCAAACAACAGGGUUCCCAUGCACACUGGAAAACCCAGGAAAUAAGAAAAAUCCCGAAUUUUUUUUUAUCUUCUCCUUGCCUUGUUAGCAAAUGCAAACAGGUUAAAAUUCAUGCGCAUGCAUGUCGGUUGUCACCUUAUCUUCUGGGCAACAUUAUGCCCGUUGCAGCACCCCACGUGAUGGUACCAUCCCAUUGAAUACACUCUCAGAGCAGUUCUGCAAAAUUGUCAGUCAUAGAUUAAAAUUAACAUGCUAUGUUAAUAAUUUAUGGAAAAGUUUCGAAAAUAUAAAUAUCCCAAAAAAUAAUAAAAAUGUAUAAAUUGGCCUUAAAAUAUGAGGCUACAUCCUUACAAAAUCCAUUAAUCAAAAUCAACAUAUUAUACAUUUUUAUGGUUAAGUUAAAUAAUAUAAUAUUGAUUUCCCGAAACAGUCUUUAAAAUUAAGCUUCUCAAAAAUGACUAAAAAUACACUAAUUUGCCUUAAAAUACUUAGCUAUGUCCAUUUUUGUGGUUAAAAUUCAGAAA